AGACCAGGACACGGCCAUUGAAUUGCGUAAUCAGUUUGUCUUUCAACAACACAUAUUGAGGUAUGGGUGUCGACGACCAAAGCGUCCAUAAUUUCAGAGAUGAAAUCUAUGUUUUCGGCGGUUUUUAUUUGCAACAAAUGACAUUAGCCGUCAAAUCGGAACAGAUCUACAAGAGUGCUAUUGUCCGAACCAAUACAAUGCAAUUGUUACGUCCAAAUCGACCGCCACAACCACCGGUGCGACAACCGAUACCUCCGCUCAUUGAAAUCCCACCAUUGAAUUGGAUGCCAACUGAAGAGGUCGACCAAUUUAUUGCCAAUUAUCGUGAAUUUGUGACCAGAAUUAUGCAAAAUCAACUGUUUGUUAGGAGUUGGCAACAAAUGUUCAAUGAGUUUGCCAGUCAACAGACAUCCAUCACUAUUGAUAACGAUGGCCAACAAACUGUCGUACUAUGGAAUGGCCAUCAGUUCACUGUCACAGUUACCAGAAUAAGAGUCUCAGACGUUAACCUAUAUUCUCUAUUGUCAAAAGCUUUUACCGAUAAUCUGAGGAGUGGCUAUCAUUUGAGUCGACCACAAAAUGGACUACCCUGGUUGGCAUAUAGAAAACUAGGCAAACAGCAUUGGGCGCCAUUGCACAGUCACGGUUUGACCGGUCAUCUCAAUGCCGACAAUGAAUUUGCCGGAAAUAACGGUUGUCAAGCAAUGACUUUACAGUUUCCAGAAAUUGAUGCACUCAACCAUCAGCGCCUAUAUUUUGUGAACCGCGCGAUGGCCAGAGAAUUGUUGGACAUUUUCGAGAGACAACAGCUGAUCAGUCAAUAUCAUCAAUGGUUUGAACAACUUCUGGCCUUUUCAAAGACAUUCUGCGAUCUGCGGCUGAGAUUCAGAAACGGCGAAAAUCUCAUUGACAUUGAAUGGCUUCGCAAUGGUAGCCGAGUAUUGGGUCGGUUAGCUAUGCUAUUGACACUCAAGUAUGACUGUCUGACUAGACUCGAACAGAUCUGGAAGUAUAGUGUACUCGUAGCCAAUGUUAAUGCAACCGAACAACGAGAUCGGGAACCUAUGGUCACAUUUGUUGCCGUACAGGACGGCAUGUAUGGUAAGGGAUCGUCAAGAAGAUUGAACGCAUUGUGGUAAUUGUUGUGUGUGUUUAAGUAAUGUAUAGUCAAUUGAUCCACUCAUCAACAACAACAACAAU